CCGUCUGUUGGGAAGGCCAUGGGCAGGGCAGUUGGCACGGAAACAGAGGAAGAGAGAAUGGUUACUGCUAUGAAUCGGAAUUCCCCACCUCUCUUCUUUCUUUGGUUCCCUUCACGUGAUUCUGACUCCGACCCUGCCUUUACACUCUACUCUCCUACUGGACAGGACAACUCCUGCCAUUCUUGUAUGCUUUUGUCGCUUACCCCUCGAUUCCCUCCUCUUUCUUUCACUUUCCAUGGAAGUAAAACUGUAAAAUUUCUCAACCUCUCCCCUUUAAUUCCCGGUUCUUGAGUUGUUUUCUUGUACAACCAAACAUGGUGGGGCUGCUCGUGAUGGUUUUGCUGUUUGCUAGUCUUCUUCCAUCUCCGUCUUCUUCUUCUGCCAGCUCGGUUAUCCCCUCCGACGCGUCGGCAUUGUUGGCGUUUCAGGUGAAGGCGGACUUGAAAGGGAAGCUUGGGUUUUCUUCCAACUACAGUUUGGGUUUCUGCAAGUGGAAUGGCGUGAAGUGUAGCGAAGGGAAGGUGGUUCGUUUGGUGUGUGAAAGGGUGGGUUUGGAUGGGGUUUUUGCUCCGGAUACUCUGACUCGGCUUGACCAGCUCAGAGUUCUGAGUUUGCAGGAUAACUCGCUCGCCGGACCUAUUCCCGAUCUUUCCCGCCUGGUUAACCUGAAAGUUCUGUUUUUGGACAGUAAUCUCUUCAGUGGACUUAUUCCUCCCUCAAUCUCCACUCUCCACCGCCUCAAAACCCUUGAUCUCUCCCACAACAACCUCACCGGCAACAUUCCGGCGUCGUUCAACGGUCUGGACCGGUUGUACUAUCUCCGUCUCGACUCCAACCGCCUCAACGGCUCCGUGCCGGCGCUCAACCAAACUACUCUCCAGAUCUUCAACGUUUCGCAGAAUAUUCUCUCCGGUCCCAUUCCGGUGACGCCCACAUUAUCGCGCUUCAGAACGACGGCGUUUGCCUCCAACAAAGCUCUCUGCGGUGAGAUAAUACACAAGGAAUGCCGCCCUAUUCAACCCUUUUUCCACCCAUCUCCCGCCACCACCGCCCCGCCGCCGCAUUCCGCCAAGGCCGUCAGUCAAAACGCACAGUUACGGGACGGCGGAGUGUACAGCCCCGAAAAGAAAUCAACCAAAAGGUCCGUUCUCAUCAUCGGGUUAUCCCUAGGGUUUUUCGUCCUCAUUUGCUCCAUUAUCUGUUUCGCCCUAGCCGCAAAAAGAUCGAACAAGUCAAUCUCGUCGAGUCCGAAAAUCGCUUUGGACCCGAGCGUCGCCGCCGCCGAAACGGAGGCGGUAAUGAGAAUCGAAGAAGAAAGCAACGAGCUAGAAGAGAAAGUGAAGCGAGUGCAGGAAGGAAUGCAGGUGAUGGGGAAAAGUGGAAACUUGGUUUUCUCGGUCGGCGAAUCUCAGGUGUAUACUUUGGAGCAGCUGAUGAAAGCCUCGGCGGAGCUUCUGGGGCGGGGAACGCUGGGCACCACCUACAAGGCGGUGCUCGACAACCGUUUGAUUGUUUGCGUGAAAAGAUUAGACUCUGGGAAAAUGGCGGGUAGCAGUAAGGAUGAGUUUGAACGGCACAUGGAAUCAGUGGGCGGAUUGCGCCACCCAAAUUUGGUUCCUCUCAGAGCUUAUUUCCAGGCCAAGGAAGAACGCCUUCUGGUCUAUGAUUACCAGCCCAAUGGCAGUCUCUUCUCCCUUAUCCAUGGUUCUAAGUCCUCAAGAGCAAAGCCACUUCACUGGACUUCGUGCUUGAAAAUAGCAGAGGAUGUAGCUCAAGGCCUCUCGUAUAUCCACCAAGCAUGGAGGCUGGUUCACGGCAACCUCAAGUCCUCUAAUGUCCUCCUGGGAUCCGAUUUCGAGGCCUGCAUUUCUGAUUACUGCCUCUCGGUCUUAGCCAACCCCUUCUCAGAUGACGACCCUGAUUGUGCAGCCUACAAGGCACCCGAGGUUCGAAAACUAAACCCGCACCAUCAAGCAACUUCCAAGUCUGAUGUUUACUCCUAUGGAGUUCUUGUACUGGAACUGCUUACUGGGAAGCAUCCCUCAGAACACCCAGUUCUAAUGCCGGAUGAGAUGAUGAAGUGGGUAAGGUCCACCAGGGACGAUGAUGAUGGCAGAGAAGAAAACGGCAUUAGGCUGGGAAUGAUUCUUGAAGUGGCAAUGGUGUGCAGUGUGGCGUCCCCAGAGCAAAGACCGACCAUGUGGCAAGUGUUGAAGAUGAUCCAGGAGAUCAAAGAUGCCGCCAUUAUGGAGGAGGAUGGUCGGGAAAUGGACCUACUCACCGGGACUUGACUCUUCAGCAUAUACUAUUAUUAUUUUUGCUAUGUAUAUAUACUUGAGCAUGGCGACAUAACUUUUCCACACAAACCCUCUCUAAUUCUUCCCUUCCAUUCUUUACUAAAGUAGCACAAGUGUUUUGCUUUCUUUUUUAGUACGUCCAAAGUUUAUUUACUUUAUAAUAUAAUAAAAUACA